AGGGGAUGCCAACAGACAGAUCAGCGACCUCAAAUUUAAACUUGCAAAAUCUGAGCAAGAGAUAACUGCAUUAGAACAAAAUGUAAUACGGUUAGAGAGUCAAGUAUCGCGUUAUAAAUCAGCUGCUGAAAACGCAGAAAAAAUAGAAGAUGAACUUAAGGCUGAAAAACGGAAACUCCAAAGAGAGAAUAUAUAUCCUUGAGUGAUGCAGGCCUCUGCAGUGGUGGAGACAGCAUCUGGUAAAGGCUACCAUGGUAAUGGAGGAAACCUGCAAGAAGAUAAAGCUUCUAAUCGUGAAGAAAAUAUAUCAUCUUACAAUGAUUGUGAUGAAGUUAAAUGGACUUUUCCUUAUGAUGAUCGGGAUUCCUUGGCACCAGAAAGAGAUAAUUACAAAGAAAUAAGCAAUACUGACAAAACAGACUUAUUGGAGCUUUCUUUUUCAGCAAGCCAAGAUACAAACAGAGAGAGUACUCACUUUCAGUCGAGUGAGUUUCAAGGCAGUACUGACUAUUUCUUGAAUGAAACAUACUCUAUCUGUUAUUCAGAGUCAAAACUAAAGAAGGAAAAUCUUGUUCUUUUAAAUUCAGAAUUAGAUCCUGAAAUGCAGAAGAAAGAGGAGGUGUUUUUUGAUAUUUUGGAACAUCAAGAUAAUAAGACUGUUAGCUUAGAAAGAAUCUACAAGAUUUCAGAUGCCAAUUAUAAAGAAACUGCUGAAGAUAUGCAAAAGCAUGAUACAGAUGAAGACUCACAGCAGGAAUAUCACAGUGCAGAAGAACAAGAAUAUAUAAGUAACCAUUUAUCUUUUGACCAAACAAAUACAUUAAAUAUAUCUACUCUGGAAGUUGUUGAAUUAAGAAAUUCAAAUUGUGAAGUUAAUUGUGCUGGCAAUUUAGAAGAUAAUUAUGCUCAGUUGGAAAGUGGUUCUGUCAUUUCUUUAGAUUCACUUGAUGUUUAUGGACAAGAAGAUUCACCUCAUGUCUCCAAAUUUCAGAAUUCUAUUAUGUUAAGAGAAUGUCAUGAACCAAAGCAUGAGAAGUGUAAGGAGCAGGAGACUAGUUUAAUGUACCACACAGUAUUUGAUGGCAAUGUACUAAGAAGCAAUUCUCUUGGAAACCAGGAAUCUCAAUCUAAAAGUGGUUCCCUGAACCCUCAAAAAGCAUUAAAAGCUGAAAUUCAUACUGAUAAAAGGAAAUCUCAAAUAAGUAAAAGUAAAGAUUUUUAUAGAAAUACAAUUUUUGAGAACAAAAUAUUACAGCACCUUGAAAAUUGUAGUACGUUACCACAGGACAAAACUUUAGAGACAUUACUUCUACCUUGUAAAGAUGGUCAAACAUCUUGGACCUCUGUUUUUGAUGAUUCAGUAAUUUCUGCCUGUGGAUAUUCAUAUUACAAAAGCCUACCAAACACCCCUGACCCAGCCUUAGGUUUUUCUGUUACUCUACCAAGGAUUGCAGUCAACGAUAAUCAGACAAUAAAAGAUAGCUCGCUAAAAGUUGCUAGUAGCAGUGCCACAAAUAAAACAUACUUUCACAAUAUGGAAGGAACAUCUACUAAAUCAGUGACAGAUGCAACAAGUUGUACAGUCACUGUUAAUCAGACAGUGGAUGUCAGCACUGAUUUUAGGGCUUGUUUUACAACCAGCAGGGCUACAAGUGCAAGAUCUUCUGUAAUAUCUACAUCAAGCAACACAGAGAUAACAAUGAUGAAUAAAAAACGGCCUGGCGAAUGGCAAAAUGAGAAACAAAGAAGUGUGGCUUGUAAUACAGAUUGGUCAUAUGGCCGAGAUUGUGCAGAUACACAGAUGGCUAUGACAAAAGAAUCAGGAAAAUCUCACUCAGUUGAUAGUUUAAAACUUAAAGGAGAUUUUCUAAAUAAGGAUUCCUUGGAAUUAAGAAAAACAUUUGAUAUCAUAGACUUAAAGAAACAUCCUGAGAGGGAAUUUCAACUUUCUAAAGAGAUGGAGAAGAAUGUGCCAUCGAUGUGCUGUCAGAAAAUAAUGCAGAGAGCCAUAAAAGCAGAGCUGCACCUUUUAAAUGUUCACUAUCAGAUGUGUCGUCACCAUUGUUGUGAUAUUUACAAACUUGUAAUGAAAAAUAGGGAAGGAUUAAAUAGGAAUUUAUCAAGUAAUUCUAAGAAGGAAUUAGGAUCAGCACUACUAUCUCUUUUGAGAGAUUUAAAAGUGAGAUAUGUGAGUUUGAAAGAAAAGAUAUACAAGGGCAUACCACUGGAAGAGCUGCCCCCACUGUCAGUAGAAUCAAAAUUAUUAUCUACCUUCUCUACUUUUGCUUCCAGGCUAAUGAAAGAAGAAUCACAUGUCUUUUCAGGAGCAGAUUCUGAAUUAGGUAAUCAAAAUGCGGGUGAUGCUGACAUAUCUUCAAGCCUAAAAAAGACACUCUCUCAAAUGUCUUUAUUACCUGACAAUAGUCCUAAACAAGAUACAUCACCCCAGAAAGAAGGGUUAAAAAAUGGUGAUAUAAAUGUAGACUUUAGCCUGCUGAAACUUGAUGAUAAAGACUGCAGAAAUUACCAAGAAAUAACUGAAGACUGGUUUGAUGCUAAAGAGAGCCUGACAGGAGUUGACCUCUCAGGAAUACAAGAAAAUCAAAUGGAACAAGACAGAUGGAAUCUGAAGUUUACACUAGAAAUGAAGAAUGUUGAAACCUUACAAAGAAAUAAAGAUUAUUUAAUACAUGUUGGUGGUCUUAGCCCUUCAGUGUCUGAGGCUGAUUUAAGGUCUCAUUUCCAGAAAUACCAAGUUUCUGAAAUUUCAAUUUAUGAUUCUUCUACUAAUUACAGAUAUGCAUCUCUUGCUUUUAAAAAAAAUAGUGAUGCAAAGAUGGCUGUGAAAGAAAUGAAUGGAGUAGAAAUAAAUGGAAAAUCAAUAAAUGUGCGACUUGUUAAAACUCCUGGAGAAUAUACAUCAACACUUUCCUCCAAAAAUGGGAAUAGAACUAGUUUGAAUAAUUUGGAGAAAAGCACUAACAAAGAAAUCAACUCAACCUUGUCUGUUUCUAAAUUGUCCAGAACUAGGCCAAGGCAGCAGGAAUCUGAACAAGACAAUGAGUUUCUCCCUUCUGAACAGGGUAUCAAGAAGAAUUGUAAACAGAUCGAAUCUGCUAAAUUAUUACCUGAUACCCCUAUUCAGUUCAUACCUCCAAACACAUUGAAUCAUCGUAGCUUUACCAAGAUCAUGAAGAGACUGAUUGAACUACAUCCAGAAGUCAGCAGAGAUCAUAUUAUAGAUGCUCUUCAGAAAGUGAGAAUUAAUCAUAAAGGUUUCCUGACUGGCUUAUCUAUUAAUACUAUUGUGAAAAUGACUUCAUCUGCUCUAGAAAACUCUACUUCCAGUUAGGAAUAAAAGAAGCAAUAAAGAGGUAAAGCAAUCAUA